GUCAACUACACCACCGGUCUGAAAUCUGCUUUAUCGACCCAGACAGAAGAACAAGUCGCUGUUUGACCAGCUGUUGUAUGAAAACAGCUGGGCGAUCAGGGCGAGAAGAGAUAAACAACCAUUACAACGAAACACACAUUUUUCAUACACCAAAAGGCUUCCCCUGUGUGAGCAGGCAGGAUGGCAGGGGCGGAGGUCUACGGCCCCGUUAACCCGUCCUGCAAGAUCAUGACCUUCAGGCCCACCGUGGAGGAGUUCAGAGACUUCAACCGGUACCUGGCCCACAUGGAGGCCCAGGGGGCGCACCGUGCUGGCCUCGCCAAGGUGAUUCCUCCUAAGGGCUGGCGUCCUCGGUGUAGCUAUGAUGAUAUUGAUGACCUGGUGAUCCACGCCCCUAUCCAGCAGAUGGUUGCUGGCCAGUCAGGCCUGUUCACUCAGUUCAACAUCCAGAAGAAACCGCUCAGCGUCAAGGAGUUCAGACGCCUCGCCAACAGUGACAAAUAUUGUACUCCCCGCUACCUGAACUAUGAGGACCUGGAGAGGAAGUACUGGAAGAACCUGACCUUCGUAUCUCCCAUAUAUGGAGCUGACGUCCCCGGGAGCCUCUAUGACGAGGGUAUAGAGGAGUGGAACAUCGGCCACCUCAACUCCAUCCUGGAUGUGAUAGAAGAGGACUGUGGUGUUUCUAUCCAGGGGUGAACACACCCUACCUGUACUUCGGCAUGUGGAAGACCAGCUUCUCCUGGCACACUGAAGACAUGGACCUUUAUAGCAUCAACUACCUGCACUUUGGAGAGCCCAAGUC